GGGAAAUUCGACACGUGAGCUCAGCUUAAGAAUAAUUUGAGAUUGCAAAAGAAUUUUAGGAUGUUUUAAGAGAAAAAAUAAUGGUGGCGGAGUUUGUCGCCCGCCAACAUCAUUCUAGUUCCCCUGUUAACGGAGAAACACCAGCUCAAAAUUAUUCUAAUACACCGUUAUCAUUUCAUAACAGUUUGAAAGGAACACCAUUUAUUAAUAGUGGUAAUAGUAAUACUUCAUCAUCAUCACCAACACACAAUACAAAUAACAAUAAAAGUAAUAGUAAUAAUAAUUUAAAUAACAGUGACUCAGGAAUAAUAUCAAAUAUGCGUAUGACACAUUCACCAGCGUUAUCAAUUAAUGGUAACUCAAAUGGAUCAAAUUCAGGACAUGGAUUAUUAUUACCGAGAUCACCUAUGUCUCCUAUGUCACCACAACAUGAUAGCUAUUCACAAAGUAAUUAUGAAAUGAAUCAAUUAAAACGUAAAGAUUUAUUUACGCAACGUAAACAACGGGAAUUUAUACCAGAUAAUAAAAAAGAUGAGAGCUAUUGGGAUAGAAGACGUCGUAAUAAUGAAGCAGCAAAACGUUCACGUGAAAAAAGACGUUUUAAUGAUAUGGUAUUAGAACAACGUGUUGUUGAGUUAACAAAAGAGAAUCAUGUUCUUAAAGCUCAAUUGGAUGCCAUUAGAGAUAAAUUUAAUAUAUGUGGUGAAAAAUUAGUUAGCGUUGACCAAAUAUUAGCAACAUUACCAACAAGUGAACAAGUUUUAAGUAUUACAAAACGUGCUAAAAUAUCAAAUACAGUACCACCAACAAUUAUUUAUCCAUUAUCAUCAAGUCCAAUUUUAACAUCUGUUAUACAACCAUCAUUACAAACAAAUUCUUUAAUAGAUAGUAAUAGUAAUAAUAAUAAUAAUAAUAAUAAUAAUAAUAAUAAUAAUAAUAAUAAUAAUAAUAAUAAUAAUAAUAAUAAUAAUAAUAAUAACAAUAAUAAUAAUAAUAAUAACAAUAAUAAUAAUAUUAAUAAUAAUAAUAAUAAUAAUAAUAAUAGUGGAAGAGAUAGUAACAUUCCAAUUGGUAGCUCGAUAACAGCAACAACAUCAUCUUUAUUAAAUCAUACUACAAAUAUAUUAUCUUCCUCAUCUUCAUCGUCAUCCUCUUCUUCUUCAUCAUCAUCUUUAUCAACAGCUUUACAAAAUCAACCAACAUCAUCUCAACUAAAUUCACCUAUUGGUUAUAUAUCAUCACGUUCUUAUUCAACAAGUACAACAAUAAAUCAAAAGAAUUUAAAUAAUAGUAAUUCAACUUCACCUGGACUACAGCAACAACAACAUUCAAAUCAACCACAUCCACUGCAACAACAUCAAAGUAUACUAUCUUGUGACAGUACUUCUUCAACAAGUUAUUCUCAUCAUCAUAAUAAUAAUAAAAAUAAAGUAAUAUAUCAUCAGCAACAGCAAUUACAAUCAAAUCAUCAUCAUUUUCAUCAUACUAAUUGUAAUCAUCAUGAUGAUAAUAUCUGUCAUCAUAUAUAUAAUAAUAAUAGUAACAACAACAAUAAUAAUGGAAAUCAAAAUAAUUCUAAUUCAUCAUCGAAUAUUAGUGGACGUUUGGAACGUAAUAGUUUUCAUCACCGUCCAAUAUUUGAUCAAAGAAAUGAAAAUUCAAAUAAUAACAGCAUUAACAGCAGUAGUAAUAAUGGCAAUUUAUCUUCUGCUCCAACACCAUCAUCCACAUCGCCAUAUGAUCAUCAUUCUAUAUUUUCACAUACAAAUCAUCAUCAUUUGUCUGGACAUUUACCAUUCUCUGGUAAUAAUACAACAAAUUCUGGUACUAUAAUUAAUCCAAAUAAUAUUUUAUUAUCAAAUGAUCAAAUUGAUAUACCAACUGGAUCAACAUCAUCAAUAUUAAAUCGUGCGAUGUCAUCGCCGAAAUUAAUAAUUAAAAAUAAUUUAAAUAAUGGUACUUUAAUUAGUUGUAAUAAUAACAGCUCUGCAACACCUUCAUUAUCUUCGCCAUCAUCAUCAUCGUCAACUGCAUCAACAAGAGAAAUAAGAAAUAAUGGUAUUAACAAUAAUAAUGGAAAUAUAACAUUAGGAAAUAAUAAUAAUCCGCCACCUUAUAUUGAACAAUAUGGUCUUGAUGAAUUAGCAACAACAACACCACAUUUAUCUUCACACCACAAUAAUAAUAAUAAUCAAAAUCAUCACCAUCAUUAUCAUAUUCAACAUCAUCACGAUAUACAUGAUCGAGAAUACAAUGAUAUAAUGAAACAUACAAUUAAUUUAUCAUCAAAAAUAAUAACACCCGGUACAACAUCAUCAUCAACAGCAGCAGGUACAACAAAUAUUGAUUGUAAUAGCCCAACAUCAUUAAUUAUCGGUUCGUCAUCAUCAUUAUCAUCAUCACCGUCAUCAGUAUCUGGUUCAUCAUCAUCACCAACAUCAGCAUCAGCUGUUGCAGCUGCAGCAGUUGCAUCAGCAGCAGCUGCUGUUGUUGCUGCUGCAUCAAUACAUGGUGUUGUAUUAAAUGGUAAUAAUGUAUUGAAUUUAUCACGUCGUAAUGUUAAUAACAAUGACAUGGGUAAUAACAAUAACAGUUCUAACAUGAAUGAAAUAAAUAAUAAUACAAAUAUUUGUAUCAAUAACCGUGGUAAUAAUAAUAAUAAUAAUAGUAAUAAUAAUAAUAAUAAUAACAAUAAUAAUAAUAAUAAAAAUAAUAAUAAUACUAAUAAUAAUAAUAAUAAUAAUAGUAAUAAUAGUAAUAAUAAUAAUAGUAAUAAUAAUAAUAAUAAUAAUAAUAAUAAUAAUAAUAAUAAUAAUAAUAACGGUGGUUCAACAUCACCAUGUGAUUAUUUAUCACAUUGUAAUGUAUCAUCGAAUACAUCAAAUGAUGACGAUAAUGAAACAUGUGGUGACAAUUUAGUAACAGCUGUUGAUUUACAUAAUAGUUUGCCACUUAAAUUACGUCAUAAAUCUCAUUUGGGUGAUAAGGAUGCAGCAACAGCACUAUUAGCAUUACAGCAUAUUAAACAAGAAUAUUUACCAUCAUCACAAUCAAGUCCACCAUGGGAUAAUGAAGGUUCAAGUGAUGAAAGAGAUUCUGGUAUAUCAAUUGGUACAACUGAGUGGACAUUACAUCAUCAACGCAAAAAUCUAAAUAGUAGUAAUAACAACAACAAUAAUGUGAAUAAUAAUAAUAGUAAUGGACAUAUAAAAAAAUCUUCUGUGAUAAGUGAUAAGGAAGAAAAUAUACAUUUGAAAUCUCAAUUAGCAAGAUUAGAAUCAGAAGUGGCUAAUAUUAAAAGUAUGAUGAUACUUGGUACAACGAAUGUUGUUAAUACAAAUUCACAGUAAGCACAAUAAAUUAAAAAAAAAAUAUAAAAGUAUUUAAAAAAAAUUUUUUUUAAAUUUUACUAAAUUUGAAUAAAUUUUACUUACACAUUAUUAUUAAUUUUAUUAUUAAUCUAUUUAUACGUAUAUAUAACUAUUUUGUUGUACCUAAAACUAACAUAUUAUAAUUUUUAUUAUGUACUUUGAUUACAAUCAUUAUAAAUACUUUUACCAUAAUAUUUUAUA